AUGGAUCGCGAACAGUUCAGGGCCGCUGCGCAUGCGGCCAUUGAUGAGAUCGUCGACUACUUUGACGGUCUCCCUUCGCAACGAGUCCUGCCGACCAUUGAACCCGGUUACCUCCGUCCCUUGAUCCCCGAGAGUCCUCCAGACGAACCGGAGCAAUGGUCUCAGAUCCAGGCCGAUAUCGAAACAAAAAUCAAGCCGGGACUAACUCACUGGCAAUCACCGAACUUCAUGGCCUUUUUCCCCGCCGGUGUGACGUAUCCUAGCAUCCUUGGCGAAAUGUACUCGGCUGCAUUUACUGCCCCGGCUUUCAACUGGCUAUGUUCCCCUGCCUGUACCGAAUUGGAGACAAUCGUGAUGGACUGGAUGGCGCAAGCUUUAGGUCUCCCGCAAUGCUUCUACAGCAAUUCCGAGAACAAGGGCGGUGGUGUCAUCCAGGUCAGUGCUAGUGAUGCGGUCGCGACGGUGAUGAUUGCGGCUCGUGAGCGGCGAGUACGUGAACAGGUUCUUGCCGAAGGCCUGACGGACGGGAGUGCGGAAUAUGAGGACCGUGUGAUGGAACUGAGACCAAGACUGGUGGCGCUAGGUAGCAACCAGGCGCACAGCAGCACGGCCAAGGGAGCCCUGCUUGCUGGAACGCGGUAUCGCAGUGUUACUGCACGUCUGGAGGAUAAUAUGGAGAUGACCGGACCGCGCCUGCGGGAGGUCCUUGAGCAGUGCGAUAAGGAUGGAUUAACUCCUUACUAUAUCACCCUUGGCAUGGGUACCACCAAUACUUGCGCUCUCGAUCGCUUCGCGGAGAUCAAGGCGGUGCUGAAGGAGAAACCUCACUGGCAGAGGAUCUGGGUGCAUAUUGAUGCGGCCUAUGCCGGUGCCGCGCUCGUUGCGGAUGAGUGGCAGUAUAUCGCGAAGGAUUUCGCCGAGGGCGUCGACAGUUUCAACGUGAACAUGCACAAGUGGUUGCUGGUGAACUUCGAUGCAAGCUGUCUGUAUAUUCGCAAUCGGUUCGACCUCACCGAUGCUCUUGAUAUUACCCCCGCCUAUCUGCGAAACCCUUACUCCGAGACUGGCAAGGUUAUCGACUACCGCAACUGGUCUAUCUCUCUUGGCCGGCGAUUCCGGGCAUUGAAGAUCUGGUUCGUGAUGCGCAGCUACGGUCUGAACGGCAUGAAGUCGUUUAUCCGCAAGACCAUUGCACUUGGCGACAUCUUUGCCGACCUUAUCCGCAGCCGGCCGGAUUUGUUCGAGAUCAUCACCAGACCCGCGUUCUGUUUGACAGUUUUCCGGAUCAAGGGCCCGAAACUCGUUGGGUCGUCGGUUCCUCAGGUUGACGAGGAAUCUAACUCGCUGACAAAGGAAGUGUACGAGCUCAUCAACUCCAGAGGCGAAAUCUUCAUCACCUCUUCUGUUGUGGCCGGAGUGUAUGCGAUCAGAGUAGUCAGUGCCAACCCAGCAGCUGAAGAGAAGUACCUUCGCCGUGCCUUUGAAAUCCUGGUCCAGACGACAGAUGAGGUCCUCCAACGACAGCAAUGA